UCUAUCUAACAGAUUUCAGUUGCUGACGUGGCAUUAACCACCACAAAAAAAAAAAAAAACAGUUAGCUCCAAUCUCUCUCUCAGAAAGACAGAGAGAGACAGAGCCUAUCGCUUCUCGCGUGUUCAACAUUCGCCAAAAACUCUUCGAAUUCGAAAAUUCCAAAUAAUAAAAUUGAAAAAUCGAAGGCAUUGUCUCUCUCAACAAUAAAUCUCCGAAACGCAACGUUAAUUUCUUCAUGUUCGUUUCAAUGCGGUUUCAACGACCCUAACUUCUUCAAAAUUGGUUAACAUUUUCGUUGAUUUGUUUCAAUCUCACAGAUUCUGCAUUGUAUCAUCCCACAUUGCCACGUUCAAGGCGGUUCAGUUGAAAGAUUCGGUGGAAUUUGAAGAUUUUGGUGGUGUUGGAGGUACACGCGCGUUUCUAGGGUUUGUUUUGAGCUCUUGAGGCAAUUUUAUGAAGAAAGAGGUUUUAUUGAGCUGAAUGUGUUCGCAAUUUUCUAUGAGUGAUGAAUUUUUCUUAGCUAUGGGGUAGAUUAGAUAAAGAAGCUAUUGUUUUUGAUCAAUUUGGGAGUGGUGAAUUGGGUUUGAGAGUUUUUUUAUUUUUUUUGAUGGGUAAGGGUUUGAUAUUGCUUUAUGGUAUCUGUUAUUGUUGUUGUUGUUCAAAUGGGUAUUGGGUCUAUUUACAUGAAGAAUUUCUUAUUGCAACUUGAAUGGCUGAUCUUCAGAAAGGCGACAGUAGGGAUAUCGAGCAGGCAAUUACAUCUCUUAAGAAAGGUUCAUAUCUUCUAAAGUAUGGGCGAAGAGGGAAGCCAAAGUUCUGCCCUUUUAAGCUUUCCAAUGAUGAGUCUCUACUCAUAUGGUACUCUGGCAAGGAAGAAAAAAAAGUUAAGCUCAGUACUGUUUCAAAGAUCAUUCCUGGGCAGCGAACUGCAACAUUUCAGCGGUAUCCCCGACCUGAAAAGGAGUAUCAGUCAUUUUCUCUUAUAUACAAUGAUCGGUCCUUGGAUUUGAUCUGCAAGGACAAAGAUGAAGCUGAAAUCUGGUUUGCUGGUCUGAAAGCAUUAGUUACCAGAGGUAACUAUCGCAAGUGGCGAUUUGAAACAAGAGCUGAAAGUCUGUAUUCUGAAAGUCCAAAGUCUGGCACAAGAAGAUCUACUCCAUAUACACCAUUUGACCCUGGAGAUGUCGACGGAAUUGCUAUUCAAAAUUCUUCGCCAAAUAAAUGGGUAAAGGCUUUCUCUGAAAUUAUUUCAUACACUGCGCCUACCAAUAGCUCCAGUCAACCUGAAUCAAUUACCAAUUUCUCUAUAUCCUCUGAGUCCGUGGAUAACUUGAGCACUCGAAAUUCUGCAUCUGAGGCAAUUCGAGUUAGUCUAUCCAGUGCUGUAAGUUCAUCCAGUCAGGGUUCUUGUAAUGAAGAUUUUGAUGCUUUAGGUGAUGUUUUUAUUUGGGGAGAAGGUACCAAUGAUGGAAUUCUUGGUGGUGGUCUGCGUAGAGUUGGAAACCUAUCUACUUCGGAGAUGGAUGCAUUCCUUCCCAAGGCAUUGGAAUCAAAAGUGGUUCUCGAUGUUCAUAGUAUUGGAUGUGGCUAUAAACACGCUGUUUUAGUUACCAAGCAGGGAGAAAUGUUUAGCUGGGGCGAGGAGUCAGGAGGUAGGCUUGGACAUGGUGCAGAAGUGGACGUUUUGCACCCUAAGCUCAUUAAUACUCUUAAUGGCAUGAACAUUGAGUUAGUAGCAUGUGGAGAAUAUCAUACUUGCGCUGUUACUUAUUCUGGGGAUCUUUAUACCUGGGGUGAUGGUACUCACAACUCUGGGUUACUUGGGCAUGGGAAUGAAGUUAGUCACUGGAUUCCUAAGAAAGUAAGUGGUGCAUUGGAAGGAUUACGUGUAUCAUAUGUGUCGUGCGGACCUUGGCACACAGCUAUUGUUACAUCAGCUGGACAGUUGUUUACAUUUGGUGAUGGAACUUUUGGUGCCUUAGGCCAUGGAGAUCAUAGCAGCUCAAAUAUUCCUCGGGAAGUAGAAACUUUGAAAGGGUUGAGAGCAACCAGGGUUUCAUGUGGUGUUUGGCACACUGCUGCAGUUGUUGAGGUAAUAAAUGAAUCUGUGGAAUCUUCUAGGCAGUCAUCUAGUGGAAGACUGUUCACCUGGGGGGAUGGAGAUAAAGGCCAACUAGGAGAUGUUGAUAAGAAACCUAGACUACUUCCCGUGUGUGUAACUGAAUUGGCUAAUGAAAACAUUUGUCGUGUAGCUUGUGGCAACAGUCUUACAGUUGCAUUGACAACAUCAGGACAUGUAUAUACAAUGGGAAGUACAGCUUACGGACAACUUGGUUGUCCUGCAGCAAGUGGGAAGGUCCCUACACGUGUUGAAGAUAAAAUUGCUGACAGUUUCGUAGAAGAUAUUGCCUGUGGUUCGUAUCAUGUUGCAGUCCUGACUUCCAAGGCAGAGGUCUACACAUGGGGAAAGGGUUUAAAUGGGCAAUUAGGUCAUGGUGACAAUGGUCACAGGAAUAAGCCCACACUUGUCGAGUUUUUAAAGGAUAAGCAAGUGAAGAGUGUUUUUUGUGGUUCAAACUUUACUGCUGUUGUUUGCCUUCAUAAAUGGGUACCGAGUGUUGAUCAUUCUGCAUGUUCAGGCUGUCGUAAUCCAUUUAACUUCAGAAGAAAACGUCAUAAUUGUUACAACUGUGGACUUGUUUUUUGCAACUCAUGCACCAGCAAGAGAUCUAUGAGAGCUUCCCUUGCUCCAAAUACCAACAAGACAUAUCGUGUUUGUGAUGACUGUUAUUAUAAACUUCAGAAAGCUGCUGAAUCAGUAAACUUGCCAAGUCCUAGCUCGAGAAGUGUCGGUUUGCAAGACAGUAAGGCCGCUAAAACACAGGGAACAUUAUUAAGACUUUCUUCGUUUGGUUCUAAUGUUCAAUCCGAAAGCAGCCACUCAAAGCUUCCAGAAUCACACGAUAGCUAUAUAUUUCCAGUUUUGAAUGGAAAACUACAGCUGCGGGUUGUUUCAAAAUCAUCAAACUCUCCUUCCGGGGAAUCUAGGAAAUACCAGUCUGUUUCUGAGUUUGCUCCACGAAUAUCUUGUCAGUCAACCUCUCCAGUUUCAUCAAAGUCAAGUCCACGACAAUCCUGUGAAGAUAUUAUGCAGUCUGAUUUAAAACACAGAAAUGAUAUUCUAAGUCACGAAGUUAUUAGUUUAAAAGCACAGGUUGAAGAUCUUACUCAGAAGUCAAAAAGUCUAGAGGCUGAACUUGAGAGAACGUCAAAGCAAUUGAAGGAAGUGACUGCAGUAGCUGCAGAUGAAGCUGGAAAGUGUAAAUCUGCAAAAGAGGUUAUAAAGUCGUUGAAAACUCAGUUGAAGGAAAUGAUGCAAAGAUUACCAGAAGUACACAAUGCUGACUCAAGCAUAGAUUCCUAUGUUGAGACCACUAAUAGUACUGUAGAUCAAUCCUUAGAUGAGAGUCACAUAACAAACACUAUCACUCCCCAAAACGAAAGUGGCAGCAAUGCAGAAAAUAUGGUAUAUCCUAAUGGUGCCACAGCACAAAAUGGAAAGGCAGAAUGGGUUGUGCAAGAUGAACCAGGUGUGUACGUAAGUUUGUCCUCCCUUCCAGGUGGUGGUAAUGAACUUAAGCGCGUUCGCUUCAGUCGAAGGCAUUUCACAGAACAAGAAGCUGAAAAGUGGUGGGCUGAAAAUGGUACCAAAGUAUUGGAGCGACACAAUGUAGUUGCCUUGUAGAAUGCAAGAGAACCUGUUUACUUGAUACAAAAGUCAACUGUCUAUCUGUGAUGCCAUGGAAGCAGUAAUUUUUUUUCCUUCUCCUUCUUCCGAAAUUGAGAAGGAUCUUUUGUUCAAAUUAGACAAGGUAGGAUACAAAAUUUAUGGGAAAAAACCAGAGCAUGAAGAAAACUUGUUGCUUCCCACAAAAGUUAUAAUCCCCACCCCAAAAACGAAUAGAGGACUUUCUUGUACUCACUACUCAUUGAAGAGUGUUGCGCAAUUCAUUAUUCAUCUUGGUCUUUCAACCCCCUCAUGGUACAGCAGUCGUGUAUGUUUAACUUGCAGCUGAGGAUUAUUUUGUUCAGUUCAUUUUCAUCUAAUCAUUAGAUUCUAAUGUAUAGCUAUUUUCUCUUAGGAAACUAGUCAAGUCUUAUUAUUCUUUU